UCAACGGCAACAUAUUUCCGUCAUCAUGUCAACGCAAUCAUAUUAUAAGGAUCGGCUCGGGUUCGAUCCACGGGAGGCACUGUACGACAACAAUAAUGGAGAGGUGUCCCAGCAGCAACACCACACCAGCAGCAGCUCGACCAGCAUCAACAACAAUCACCACCAUCAUCAGCAGCAACAGCAGCAGCAGCAGUACCAUCAAACGAUCACGACAACCACGACGCACCGGCACAGCAUCGGUGGUAGUGGUGGCGUUGCCAGCAGCGGUGGAACAAUAGUAGGCAAGCAUCACCACUACUACAACAAUGGUGGCGGUGGUGGCAGCCCCGGACCGGGCAAUGGUAGCGCCGGCAGCCCGCACAACGGCAGCAGCCACCAUCACAACAAUGGCGAAUACUACCAUACGACGCCGGCCAAACGUCACCGUCAGUCGUUUACGGCGACGUCACCGGCGACCGGAUCGACGCUAAACGUUACCAGCCAGGGCGGCUACGAGGAUGCGCUGACCCAGUUUAAAGAUGAGCGAGAUGCCAUACAGAAGAAAACUUUCACAAAGUGGGUCAACAAACAUCUGAAAAAGGCCUCCCGUCGUGUUGAUGACCUGUUCGAAGAUCUGCGCGAUGGACACAAUCUUCUUUCUCUCUUGGAAGUAUUAUCUGGCGAACAUCUUCCAAGGGAGAAAGGAAAAAUGCGCUUCCACAUGCUGCAGAACGCUCAGAUGGCGCUGGAUUUUCUGCGGUACAAAAAGAUCAAAUUAGUCAACAUUCGGGCGGAGGACAUCGUGGACGGCAAUCCGAAGCUUACACUCGGUCUUAUAUGGACCAUCAUUCUGCACUUCCAGAUUUCCGACAUUGUCGUCGGACAAGAGGACAAUCUUACCGCCCGGGAAGCACUGCUCCGCUGGGCCCGCCGUUCGACAGCCAAAUACCCGGGAGUGCGGGUAAACGACUUCACAAGCUCAUGGCGCGACGGUUUAGCAUUCUCGGCGCUCAUCCACCGGAAUCGACCCGAUCUGAUCGACUGGCGAGAAUCACGAUCGCGUCGACCGAGGGAGCGACUCGAGGUAGCUUUCCACGUGGUCGAGAAGGAGUACGGCGUAACACGGUUGCUGGAUCCAGAAGACGUCGACACAAACGAACCAGAUGAGAAGUCGAUGAUUACCUACCUGAGCUCGUUGUACGAUGUGUUCCCGGAACCGCCACAGAUGCAUCCACUGUUCGAUAUGGAUUCACAGCGACGCGUGCAGGAGUAUCGCGAACAGGCCCAACAGCUACUGUACUGGUGCCGCGAAAAAACAUCCCUCCUGCAAGAGCGAGCCUUCCCGACCACGCUAAUCGAGCUGAAGCGGCUGCUCACCGAUCUAAAUCGAUUCCGCACGGAAGAGGUACCACCACGUCAGCGUGACAAGCAGCACCUUUUCUCGAUCUACAAAGAGCUGGAGAAAUACUUCGAAUCGAUCGGUGAGGUGGACGUAGAAACGGAACUCCGUCCAGAGGCACUCGAAAAGGCCUGGCAUCGGCUCAUGUCGGCGCUGGCCGAUCGGGACAUGAUUCUGCAGCAAGAAGUGCAACGACUCGAACGGCUUCAGAAGAUUGCCGAAAAGGUACAGCGCGAGUACAAGCACACAGAGACGAUCAUCACGAAGAUCGAAACGCGAAUCUCAGAGGAAAGCCGUCGCAUCGAUCGCUUACAUCCGGUCGAGGCGAAGAACAUCGUCGAGGGGCUUGAUGGUGAUAUCCGGCAUCUUGAGCAACCGUUGCAGGAGAUGAACGACGAUUGUCACAAUUUGAAGGAUGGCCGCUAUCCACAAGCCAGCGAUCUUCACAAAAAGGUCACCAAGCUACACCAACGUUGGUCCCAGCUAAGGACAACAUUCCAUACUAGCCUAGUACAAAAACUGUCCGGUCUGAGCUAUCCGGUGCAAGAGACGACGAUAACGAAGCAAACGCGCGUCGUAACGGAAACGCGACAGAUCGGUACCAACCCUUACUUCCGGGAUGUGCAAGAAUACACUGAAUGGUGCCAAUCAAAACUGAAACAACUGCAUACCUCCGACUACGGUUCUGACCUUCCGUCCGCUAAAGUGGAACUAGAGCGCCAUCAGCACGAGCACAAAGUGAUCGAUCAGUUCCACUCUAAAAUAGCUCAGUGCGAACGACACGCGUCAAACUUUACCGGCGAGGAGCUACAGCUGUACCGGCAGCGAUUGAGUCAGCUGCAGAAGGUGUAUGCCGAGCUGCUCAGCACCUCCACCAAGCGGCUGUCCGAUCUGGAUGCGCUCGUAGACUUCCUGGCGACUGCCACCGCAGAGCUGAGCUGGUUGAAUGAUCGUGAACAGAUUGAAGUGAGCCGUGAUUGGGCAGAUAAAAAUCUAGACCUAUCGGCGGUCCAUCGGUACUAUGAGUCUACUUACAAGCGUACAUAUGGAAAUGGUGAGGAAAAUCUCAUGUCCGAGCUGGAAAAGCGUGAAAUGCAUUUCGCUACCAUCCUGGACCGUGGAGAAGCCUUGCUUGUCCAAUCGCAUCCGGCAUCCAAGUGUAUUGAGGGUCAUCUGCAGGCGCUUCAGUCACAGUGGUCUUGGCUGUUGCAGCUGACACUUUGCCUUGAGGUGCAUCUGAAGCACGCUACCGAUUACCAUUCGUUCUUCGAUGAGGUGCGUGAAGCAGAAAACUGGCUGACUAAGCGUGACGAAAUUCUGAACAGCAAGUACUCGCAGUCAGAAUUCACGCUCGACCAGGGCGAAUCAUUGCUGCGCGGCAUGCAGGAUAUCCGUGAAGAGCUGAACGCGUUCGGUGAAACGAUUGCUCAGCUGCAACAUCAAGCAACCGCGAUCGUGCCAUUGAAGCAGCGCAAGCAACCAGUCAACCGGCAGUGCACCGUACAAUCGAUCUGCUCAUACAAGCAAGGUAAUAUUUCCCUGGAUAAAAACGAAUCCUGCACGCUGCUUGAUACUUCGGGACGCGUGAAAUGGCGCGUGAAGACGUCCAAGGGAGUCGAAGGUUCCGUCCAUGGUGUGUGCCUACUGUUGCCGCCACCGGAUCAGGAAGCGAUCGAGGCGGCCGAACGGCUGAAACGUUUGUUUGACCGAUCGGUAGCACUGUGGCAGAAGAAGCAGCUUCGCCUACGGCAGAACAUGAUCUUUGCCACAAUCAAGGUCGUGAAGGGCUGGGACUUUGAACAGUUCCUGGCGAUGGGUGCUGAACAGCGAACGGCCAUCCGGCGGGCACUGAAUGACGAUGCGGACAAGUUGCUAGCCGAGGGCGAUCCAGCUGAUCCGCAGCUUCGUCGAUUGCGUCGCGAGAUGGACGAAGUGAACCGGCUGUUUGAUGAAUUCGAGAAACGUGCCAGAGCAGAAGAGGAGAGUAAACAGGCAAGCCGUAUCUUUACUGAACAAUGCAUUUCGCUGAAGACACGCCUGGAGGAGAUGGCCCGCGAACUGGACCACAUCAUUCUGUCGCCAAUGCCACGCGAUCUCGACUCGCUCGAGCACACGGUGCAGAUACUGGAAGACUACAAGCGUCGUCUCGGUGGACUGGAACCCGAUCUAAAGCAUCUGCAGGAAACGUUCCGUACUAUUACGCUGAAAACACCGGCACUCAAGAAGAGUCUAGACAAUCUGAUGGACCUGUGGAAGGAACUGAACACACAGGCAGGUCUUCAUGGUGAUCGGUUGAAGCUUCUCGAAGGUGCGCUCGCUGGCCUGGAAGACAAUGAGCAGGUUAUUUCCGAUUUGGAAAGCAAGCUGUCACGCCAGCUGGAGCUGCCAUCGUCGCAGGAAGGCUUGUAUGAAGUGUACAAGCGGUUGACCGCUAUUCAGGAAACAAUUUCAAGCCAACAGCCCGAAAUGGACAAAAUGAACGAUUCGGCGGAUCAGCUUGGUCGCAUGGGCGUCCCAACGAAGGUGCUAGGUGAUCUGAAACGCCUACAUUCCAACGUGGAACGUUUGAACUCGCGAUGGAAUAAUAUCUGCGGACAACUGGCAGAGCGUAUGCGCAGUGUGGAGACGGCAAUCGGAUUGAUGAAAAACCUGCAAACCAGCAUUGUCGUGGAGGAGACUUGGGUGGAGAAACAGACGGAGAAGCUGCAAGCUCUUCCGACGGCAACAUCCGCGCGGGAGCUCGAUUCGAUGCUCGGCGAAACGGUGGAACGCAUUCCGAAGGUUGAACAGGUUAAUCUCACCGGUGGCCGCUUGAUCCGUGAAGCUAAGAUCUACGAUGGUAAAUGUGUUCACUAUAUCGAUUGGCUGAGCGAAGUACGGCCCAGCUUUUCGCCUCCUCGGCAGGAUCUCAGGCCGGCGAAUGCCGAUCCCGGUGCGACGGAAGUGUACUCUAAGCGGCUCGACACGCUCAACGUUCGCUUCGAGACGCUCGUUGAACAACUGACCCAGCGGCUAAAGACGGCUAUUGAGGUGAAUGGCGCGGACGGAUUGCGCUACGCAGAAAGCCUUCAUAAACCGCUUCGAACCUAUCGGGUCGAGUUCAACCUUGGUCGACCGUCAAACAAUGGCACUGAGGGCCACCAGGAGAUCGAGGAGGACAUCUACACUUCAACUUACAGCACAUCGCAGAUAACGAAGAUCACGAACAACAAGCUGAUCUAUGAUACCAUCGAUAACAAUGGCAUGCCGACGACUGCUGCGCCACAGCUACGCGAAAACGGAUCGCCCACGAAAGCAAAGCCCACCGAUGGCAGCUACCCGACCAACGGUGCUUCCUCGGUGCAGUUCACGGAGAUUCGCAGCCUGAAGCGAAUUCAGCGCACGAGCGAAGCGGUCGGUACCAACAAUGGCCCAGACGCAGAUGAACUGGGCGGCGAUGAUAACAUACUGAACACGCCCGGCAUAAUCGAUCCGUCCACCGGUCGAACGUUAACCGUCGGCGAGGCGAUCCGGUUGCGAGUGUUGGACGUACGCAGCGGGCUGCUAAAUGUAAGCACAACCGGUGAGCGCAUCAGUCUGGAGGAAGCCGCCUUGCGGAAGCUGAUCGAUCCGGCGCUGGUGGGAAAGCUGUUGCGACCCGGGGCAGCCGUCGAUCGUGACGGGCGCCCGAUGAGCCUGCUGGAGGUGAUCCAGAAAGAGAUACUCGAAGCCGAAAAUGGUGGAUCGUAUGAAAGUACGGAAAAGCGCAUAAAGGUAACGACCGAAGGCAUCAACGAGCGGCACGCUACUAGCGGCAGCAGUUACAGUAGAACAGCGACCGAUGAUGGUGGCGGUGGUGGUAGUGGUGGUGCUGCGGCGACGGCGGCCUCCUCAUCAUCGUCGCAGCAGCGCGCUGUAAAGUAUAACACUAAGGAAGCAAAAAGUAUUGUCGAUGCAAUCAAGCAGGGCCUGGUGGAUGGGACGGCCGGCGGCGGUGGCUUGUACCGCACGCCGUCGGGCCGGGAGCUUUCACUGGCCGAAGCGUACGAGUGCGGGUAUUUGGUUAGGAGUGAAGCGAUCAAAAUAGCACCACACACACUCUGUCUGGCCGAUGCGCUGGCGCAGGGUCUGGUCGAUACCGGUGGCUGGGUGACGGACCGUAACACUGGCGAUACGUUCCGCCUGGACUCGGCCAUCGAGCGACAGCUGAUCGAUCCGAAUGUACGCGAAAUCGUGGACACGAAGCAUGAUACAAAGGUAACGGUAGCACAGGCACUUGAGCAGGGCAUCAUCAAUGCACGCACGGGUCGCUACAUGAACCCGCAGACGAAGGAGAAGCUAACGUUUGCCGAAGCCCGACAACGACAACUGAUCGGCAAACCGCUCACGCUGAAGGACGUGUGCGAUCUUCAGCUGUACGAUCAAGCCGAGCGUAUUGCGUCGCCAACGCGUCGCGAGCGCGUUAACAUUCCCGGGGCGAUUAGUUUGGGUGUACUGGAUGGGGAAAAUGUAAGGUCAAUUUUCAAAUCUAGCGGGACAGAACUGCUUACGCUGGCCGAAGCAAUGGAUCAGGGUAUAGUGCUGCCGUUUGAAAAUCGCUACCGACACCACGAAACAGGUGAGCUGAUGACCAUUCCGGAAGCGGUUGAUCGGGGUCUUAUUUCUUCCGUUUCGAUACGUUCGAUUUUUAACAUUCACGGAUUUAAGGAUCCACACAGCGGGGAGUUCGUAUCGUUCAAUAUGGCACUCGCCAAGAAUGUAUUGCGCAAGCGGGAUGGGCAGUUUAUGCUUGAUAGUGGGAAGGGUGUUUUAAUACCGUUGGGAGAAGCAGUUGGACAAGGACUUGUUAGGCCAGAGGUAUACGAGAUGUUUAAUCGUGCAAUCGGUGUUCAAGACAAAGCUUCUCCAGGCAGGGAGUUAACUCUACUGGAGCUAGUAUACCAUGAUCAUAUCGAUCCAAAAACCGGCUUCCUGCUUGACGAUGCUCGGCGAGUUCUUCCUCUCGAGCCGGCAAUUGAAAGGAAGUUUAUCACACCGGAAGGAGCACUACUGUUGAUCAGUCUGCUCAAUAUAACGCUCACAACAGAAACAGUUACCAAGACGAUUAAGCGAUACGUCACUAUAACGCACACAGGAGAAACAGCGGAAAGCCAACCGCAGGUGUUGCUUUCGUUUACGGAAGCCGUUCGGCAGGGUUUGAUAGACGAACAAACGCGCACUUACCGUGAUCCGGCAACGGGUAAUCUUUAUUCUAUUCAGCAAGCGCUGAAUCAUGGUUUGCUUCUACCAGACACGGAAGCGGUGCCUGAGCACUCUAAUAUGGCCACCACUAGUGGCGUUCCGCUACUAAAGUUUGAAACUCGCGUGAUAAAGGGAGCAAACAGUCGUUCUCUUAACAUUACGUCCGAAUAUCUUGAGCGGGGAGAACCUGAGAUGCAAACGUUUGAACUACCGGCAAGCGGAUGGGCUCUUAACGAAGCCAUUGGACGACAGUUGUUGAACCCGGACACAGGCUUGCUAGUCAUCCCUGGAACUGAUCGGAUGGUAAGUUUUGAGGAAUGCAUCAAGCUACAAAUCAUUAACCGCCAGUCGGCAUUCGUGUCAGAUCCCAAAAAUCCGGAGCGUCGUGUAACAAUUGAUAGGGCUCUGGAGAAGAAGAUACUCGAUCCAUUUGGACGAUAUGCGAUGCGCAAAAGUGCCGAAUCGUUAACGAUGCGGCAAGCGAUCGAACAGGAGUACAUCAUCUUUGAACAGUGCCUACCCGAAUCGUCGACAGUUUCCGACGGGUCAGAUAAUCGAACGAUCCAGAUUACUAAACGAUCAGGACAACCUGAUCGAGUAGAAAUAUCUACUUCUUCGGGUAAAAACUCGAACAUGGUUGAAGUUAAGAUUGUUCCAACACCGGAACUAAUGAGCCCGGAACCGCUUCAGCUGGCGCCGGGAAUUAUUUACGAUCCCAGCACGGCGCUUGUUAUAUUCGCUGAAACGGGUCGCUCAGACAAUAUAGUGGGAGCGGUGGCAAGUGGCAAAAUUGAUUCCACUUUGGUACAGUUGGUCGAUUCUAACGGGGAGAAACUAUCGAUUGCGGAAGCAAUCAAGCGUGGCCUUAUCGAUGAACAGACGGGGGAAAUACGCACUGCCAACGGUCCUAUCAGCAUGAUCGAAGCCAUCCAGAAAGGUAUCCUGCUGGUAGCUGGUGCCCCAUUAGUUGCUGCCGCAGGUGCAUUAGAUUCAUUAAAACUAUUUACCGAUCCGUUGACGGGUGAGGAAAUUCCUAUCGAAUUAGCAUAUGAAAGAGGGCUGAUUACUCGCAGCCAAUUGCCUAGUCCGGAGCGAGCUGCAUUGUUGAAGAAGAAGCUUAGUGUUGAGAGCAGACGCUCUUCUGAAGGUAUUACGACAGUGCUGACGAAAGCGGGACCACAGGAAUACGAUCAAGAACCGAGGAAAUUACAAAAGAUGCGCAAAUGUGUGCUUCGACCGAAGGAUGCAGCCGAACAGGGUAUAAUUGAUCAAGAGACAGCGAAAAAAUUAGAAGACCCAGCAUUAUUUUCGAAUCCAAAAACCACUCUUUCGGAUGUGCUUAAGAAUGGACAGCUGAACGGCGAGAGUGGUAAGAUAGUCGACCCUCAGAGGGGGCACGUGCUCAAUUUGAAUCAAGCGAUACAGAGAGGUAUGCUUGAUGUGCAUGGAACAAACAUGAUUUUUGUUCCUAUCGCUCGCUGUCUAAGUUUGCCAGCGUUGGAGAUGCAGGGCUUGCUGAAUCCGUCUGACUCUAGGAUAUAUCAUCCAGAAUCUGGACAAUUGCUAACACUGCGUGAAGCGUUACUGUGUGAAAUCGUCGAUCCUCUAGCUGAGGUAACAAUCAAUGAGCAACAGAUGCCCCUGCAACAAGCGAUAAGUGCCGGUUUAGUGAACGAAGAUCGGUGUACACUUGCCAAUGAUAUGAAGAUCGCCGAUGCUAUUGAUCGUGGUUUGUGUCAUACUACAAACUAUGAGUCGAAGAUUCCGCAAAUCGGAAUGACACUGCCGGUUAUCGUUGAACGAGGUUUAUUAGAUGUCGAGAAGAAACAGGUAACGCAUCCAAUAUCACGCGUACCGAUGCCAUUAGAGGCAGCGUUGAAAAAUGAUUUCAUCAUGGCUACUCCAUACACUCCGGAUGUGGAUGGAGUGAAACUCAUGGACGCCAUCGAUCACGGCCGAAUUGAUACGACAAAAUGUACGUUCAAAACACCACUCAAGGGUACGACUGAUGUUGUAGACAUACCGCUUCGAGAAGCAAUCGAUUCGGGCAAACUGAUAGUUAAACCUUUGCCGAAGUUAAUUCAAAAUCUGCAAGCAAACCAUGCCGUAACAUCGGUGCAGGAAACGGUGGCAGCAUUCCAUACCAUCACGACAAAGACGAUAGAAAUUCAAUCUGGCUAUGCGUUGAUCUCAGUCAAUGAAGUGCAAGAUUUGCAAACCGGUGCGAUCAUGUCUGUUGAAGAGGCAUAUAAACAGGGGAUAAUAUCAAACCCUGAAGAAACGCGCGAGCAGCUAAUGCAGCAAGAAGUAAAGAUUGGGCUAAAUGAAGCACUACAACGAGGACUGCUGGAUGUCGCGAAGGGUACCUUUAUCCAUCCAAUUAGCGGUGAAGUUAUGUCGAUUUCGGUCGCUGUCGAUCGUGGUUUUAUUGGAUCCCAGUCGUCCAGUGAAGAAACGCUUAAUCGUUCCCCAGAAAUGUCGCACAAAGCUCUCGAAAAAAUGGCAGCGUCCGAGAGUACGCCUGUUGACUCGCCUAAGAAAGUGGCACAAACUGAUAUCGAUCGGCAAUUGCAGGCUUUGCCACAAUCUUCCGUUGGUGGUGUGGUAGAACGUAAUGAUUCUGUCGUUACUGGACCGUUGUCCGUGGUCAGUAGUUCACCUGCUCAAAGUAGUGGAAGUAACAUUGGAAACAAUAUAAAGGAUGCAGCAAAACUAGGUCUUAUGGCUGUUGUUGGUGCACCGGUACUCGGAGGUAUGGCUAUAGCUGGAGCAGUAAAGAAAGCUUUCGAAAAGAAAGAAAAAGACAAUGUUGCUAAUGCAGGAUUCGAAGUAGUUGGCAAUGUAGAGAAACCAACGGUUCCAUUCGUUAAUCUUGCAACGGAUACGGUUACAGAGCCCGAGGUAAGGCAAAUGACUGACGUCAAAAUAUCAGGAGUUGCUCUUGUCAUUCAAAAAGCCCCCAUUGAACGUGUGCAAGAGAAAGCACCGGAAGCGUUAGACGAACUGGAUCCAAAGAAUAGGAACAAUCAACAGUCGAUUGAAGUAACUGUAGAUGUUUUGCCUUUGAAACCGAUUCAGUCGGAAGGAACUGCUAUCAAAAAUGAAUUACCGACUACUUCGGAUGUCGUUUCUGCAAGCACAGAAGAUCAACUGCUAGCAGGGAAGAAUGUAAUAAAAUCAGAAAAAAACACUUUGAGCCAAUUUUUAGAUGCAGAAAAAUCUGCUUCGCUAGCUUCUCAACCGUCUCAAGUGUUGAAAGUUUCUACCAAUCAAUCAGAAGCUAAAACGAAUGAAGAAACUGGAUCUUCUGAUAAGAUUCCAGCAGAAUCUUCGUCGAUUAAACCUGUUCAAACAUCGGUAUCAAGCGAUUUACUCACAGAAUCACAAGAAAUACCUGAACAACAAGUGUACGAAGAACAUACCAAAAUGUCGUAUGAUUUAAGGGAUUCGAAUAAAAAUGAAAUGGGUCAUGUGGAACAAUCCUCAUUAGUUCCUGCUUCACAGAUGGAAAGGGAUACUGAUUCAGAUAUUGGUACUUCUAUUUCUACCAGUGAAGGAGACAAGCUCGCUUCUGUUUCUGAUGUUCCCGCAAUGUCUGAUAGUGGAAUUGUGGAUAAAAAGUCUCCACAAUCAUUGGAACCAGAUGAUUUGCAAAACUCGCUGGCAACAGCAGCAGCAGCAGUACCAAUACCAAGCACAGACUCUUCGAAGAAAAUGCCUGAUUCGGUCACAUUGCCAGAUUCAACCAAACCUUACCCAGAAAAUGAGAGUACUGUGAUAGCUCAACCCUCCAACGUACCAAAAAGAGCUGUAGCGGAGGAAGCUACUUCAAAACCAAUGAGCGAUGUUUCAAGUAGCGUUCAGCAAAGUAUAAUGAUUCCUAGUCCCACUGAUGUGUCUUCUGUCAGCGGUGCCGGUAGUAAAAUAAUGGAUGCUGCCAAAUUAGGGCUUAUGGCAGUCGUAGGUGCGCCUCUGCUCGCCGGUAAAGCGGUAGUAGACGCACUAAAGUCUGACAAACAACCAGCCGCUGGUAAUGAAGUGCUUUCUUCUGGGCCUACGGAAUCGUCAGAACGCCACGUCACUUUCGUUGAACGUCCAGUAGAAAGGCCAGAACGAAUGACUUUGGGUGAAGCGAUUUCUCAAGGCAAAAUUGAUCCCAAACUCUGCCGCAUCAUGGUAGACGACAAGCUGAUGCCUUAUACCGUAGAAGAGGGUCUAAAUAAAGGAAACGUGCGCAUUUACGAUGUGGUCGACGUACUGUCGAAAGAGCGAAUUUCCUUCGUUGAAGGUGAAGAAGGUGAAGAUACGCUUGUGCUAGAUGCGUCCCUUACCGAACAGCGCCUGAGUGAGUUGGGAGUGUAUGAUCCAGAAAAUGGUUACUUCCUCGAUCCAACUACUGGGGAGCGUGUAUCGUUCCGUGACUUUAUUUACAAUGCCGGUGUAGUAAUCGAUCCGAGCACUAUCUUCGUAAAAGAUCUUGGAAGGAAUCGCUUCGAGCGGUUGGACGUUGCACUGAAGAAGCAUUUGAUCGAUAAGCAUACAGGCCAUAUGCUGGACAAUAAGACGGGAAAGAAGGUAAAGUUUGUUGAAUGUUGUCGCCGGGGUUGGAUCGUGCAGCGAGAACCAGCGGGUGAUGAAGAUCUUUCCCCGACGCUGGCUGAGGUAAUCGAUGCAGGACAGAUAAACCCUCAGACGGGUGAAUUUAUUCAGAACAAUGAGAGCAUACCAAUUGCAGAAGCUCUGAGGGCAGGUUUCAUUGAUAACGAUUCACUUUCUGUGCGAGAUCCUACAGAUGGACAGAUCGUACCGCUUGCGGUAGCCAUAGAAAAAGGCAUAAUUGAUCUGAAACUUGGUGUACUAUUCAACAAGGACACCCAGGAAGAGAUCGAUCUGAACGAAGCGUACGUGAAAGGGUACAUGCUGGAGGGUAAGCGAAAGCCGAUAUCCUUGGAAGCGGCCGUAAAGAAGGGUUUGUACAAUCCAGAAUCGGGUCUGAUUCUCGACACGAUCACGGAGGAGAUGGUUGAUGUGCAGCAAUCCGUGGACAAGGGUAUCGUUGAUCCAAAAAUAUCCAACGUUAAGGAUACAAAGGAGAACACACUUGUACCGCUGCAGGAUGCGCUAGACAAGAAACUGAUUGAUGCAGAAUCAGGUAAGCUGAAGGACACUGCCACUGAUGAACUUGUACCACUUGACGUGGCGGUUGAAAAGAAUUUGAUGGACACCAAGCAUGUAACGCACAGUUUGAUUGACGUGCUAAGCCGUGAGUUCUACAAUCCUGCAACUGGCAAAAUUCUCGAUCCAGCUAACGGCGAUGAAAGUAAUCUGCAGGACGCGAUCAACACCCAGCUGGUGGAGAUCGAUAGUGUACUGAUUCGCGAUGAGUCGCGUGAAAGUGUGGUGAAAUGCCGAGAUGCUAUCGCUAGUGGUUUGGUUGACGAUGUAAGGGGUGUGUUGACUCGCCCAGAACUUACGCUGGACCGUGCCUACCAGAAGGGUUAUGUGCUCAGUAACAAGAAGCCAAUUUCGCUUGCCGAUGCACUGCUGCGAGGUUUUUACGAUCCUGCGACAGGAAAACUGUUGCUUGAAGAUGCAACCACACCUGUCACACUCGAGCAAGCGAUUGCCAAGGGUGAAAUUUCCACCAACGAUUUGAUCGUACGCGAUCCGAAGAGUGGUACAGUAAUUAGUCUAGCUGAAGCAAUACGCAGCGAGCUGGUAGAUCCUAAAGCGGGUUUGGUUGUAGACUCAGGCUCAGGAUUGAGCAUGGGUCUUGCAGAGGCAAUGGACCGUGGACUGAUCGUGGCAUCGAAACGACGUUGUAGUUUACCGGACGCAGUGUACCGAGGCCUGUACGAUCCUAAGUCUGGUCAAUUUAGCAGUACCACAACGCCAGAGCGAAUGUCUACUGAGCGUGCGAUUCGACGUGGUUUAUUGGAUCCGGAAUCGACUAUCGUAACCGUUGGUGGUAAAAUAGUUCCAUUCGAACUUGCCAUCGAGAACGGUACCGUAGAUGUGCGCCGAGGUACGAUUCGUGAUGACGACGGAAUUCGGAUCGAUUUCCGCGAAGCAUUCGAUCGAGGCUUGCUGGUGGAAGUUCGUAAACCGAUCGGGCUUAGUGAAGCCGUGCUCAAGGGUAUCUAUCGGGAGGGUAAUGGUAAAUUUGUCGAACCCAAGACGGGCAAGAAACUCACGCUAGACCAAGCAAUCACUGGCAAGUUGAUCGAUCCACAUUCGGUACAGGUCCGAGAUCUGACUACUGGUUAUUAUAAGGAUCUAGAUCUGAACGAAGCCAUUGCAACACAAUUUAUCGAUGGAGAGAGCUCCAAAGUACAACACGGUGAUGGUUGGAUCACACUUAAGCACGCGUUUGACAUCGGUUUGUUGUACGAUCGUAAGGCACCGGUAAGUCUUCAACGUGCAAUACAUCAGGGUAUCUACGACGAUAAAACAGGCAAGUUUAUAGAGCCAGCCACCGGGCGUAAGAUUACGUUGCAAGAAGCAAUGCGUAAGUUCAUCAUCAACCCACAGCUUCCAUGCUACUUUAACGAGCGUGACGAAACAAUGCUCAAUCUUUUCGAAGCAUGCCGGGCGAAGUUGAUCGAUCGCCGAGAAGGAGUGUUCCGUGAGCCGGGCAGUGAGGUGUUUAUCCCUCUCAGUGAAGCUCUCGCCUUGGGACUGAUCGUAGACAUUGAAAGUGCCGGCUUUGGUCUCUUCGAAACGCUCGCCAUGGGUUUCUAUCGUCCGCAAACGGGACAUAUUCUUCAUCCCAUUACUGGUAGACAAAUAUCGCUCGAAGAAGCUUGCGCCGAAGAUAUUGUUAGUCCAGCUGCUUCAAUAGUGAAGGUCGCGACAACGGGCCGUUACGUGCGUUUGGAUGAAGCGAUUGAAAAGGGUGUUGUAGAUGCUCAAGCGGGAGUAUAUGUAUUAUCGGAUGGGAAGAUCGACCUACAAGAAGCUCGCCGUAGGGGAUUGAUAGUAACGAAUCAGAAAUUGCUCUCGUUAGAAAAAGCUAUCAAGAUGGGUCUGUAUCGAGCCGAUGCUGGUGGAUUUGUUGAACCCAGCUCGGACGACUUGCUGAAUCUGCAGGAAGCUCUGGACGCUGGUCUACUCGAUUUCGAGACGACCGUGUACAAGGAUGCAGUAACCGGACAAGAUAAGUCGCUUCGUGCAGCUAUGGAUCAGGCCGAUAUCGACGUGGAAAAGGGUAAAGUACUCGAUCGUAAGAAUGAUCGUGCGUACAACUUUGAUGUAGCAUUCAGCAAAGGUUUACUGGUGACUAUCAAUCGCCCGAUUACGGGCAAAAUCUUGGAGCGCAAGGAAUCGAUCGAUAACCUUCUCCAGGAAUCACCUGUAGGUAAGGGUCCUAAAGAAAUGAGCUUACAGGAUGCGUUGCGCUACGAUCUCCUGUCGCUCGAAAUGUCCGUGGUACGUGAUCCACGUACAGGAUUGUUUGUCCCGUUGCGACAAGCGUUACAUGAUGGUGUUCUGCAGGAUAGUGCCCGUGCUACGAUUGAUCCACAAUUGCUAUUCUUCACCUUCGACAAUGAUUGUGUGGUCUACGUGCGUGAACCGCUCAGCUUCGAUCGUGCCGUCGAGUUACAGCUGCUGGACCUAUCGACCGGCCGGUUCCUGCCUCCGUUAUCCAGCACCCAACCCGACCAAGAUAGCCUGCCGCCAGCCAUCACCCUCCGAGACGCCAUCGUACAGGGUCUUAUCGAUCCCGAAUCUGUACUACUGAAAGACGGUGCGAAGCACAAGUUGCUGCACUUACCGGAAGCCUUCCGUAAGGGUCUUAUUGAGCCGGAAAAAUCGAACGUACUCGAUACGGCUAGCUCGAAGCUGAUCCCGCUGCAGACGGCCGUCGAGUCCGGGCUGCUUACCACGCCUCGCCGUUCGUUUGGGCUGUUGGAAGCGCUCGACUAUCAGCUGUAUGUGCCGGCCGAGGGCAACUUCCGCGAUCCGUUCCAUCAUACGGCACCGGCCCGUACGCUGACGGCCACCAUCGAGGCCGGGCUGGUCGAUCCCUCGACAACGGUUGUGCGCGAUAGUGUUGGUAAAGGUAGUGCAAUAGUGCCGCUCGCGUCCGCCAUCAGUAGCGGGCUGGUCGAUGCCACCCGCGGCCGUUACAACGGGGACGAUCGCGAUGCGAUCGAUCUCGUGCAAGCACGUGAGAAGGGAUAUCUAUUGCUAGCGGAGCAACGGCAAGCAGUGAUUGAGAAAUUCGCUCUCUGUGAGGACCACCUGGCCAAGCUCCUGGAAUGGAUAACUCGUGUCGAGCAAGACAUUGCAGCCGUGGGAGGACCCAAGGAACGGGUAGACGAUCUGCGCAAUCAGAUCAACUCGCUGAAGCAAAUCAAGGAAGAUAUCGAUGGACAGAGCCGUCCGGUCGCGUCCUGCUUGGAUCAAGUGCGUCAGCUUGUACUGACGGGUGGCGAUGUGCUGAGUGCACCUGAGGUAGCUGCUCUCGAGACGUCUGGCCGUGAACUUCGCGCUCGUGUUGAUAAAGCGCAAGAUCGUACCGGCAAACUGUUGCGUCGGCUGGGUGCUGCUCGCGAUGAGCUGGGUAAACUGCGCACAGAGUUGGACACGUUCUCCAGCUGGUUGCAGUCGUCACGUCGCACGCUCGAGGAUAAGGAAAGCACACUGUCCGAUUUGAACAAUCUCCCAUCACAGUCCGACUCGGUGAAGGAGUUCCACAGCGAUGUGAUUGCACAUCAAGCCGAUCUGCGGUUCAUCACGAUGUCGGCACAGAAGUUUGUCGACGAGUGCAAGGAUUAUUUGGGCGUGCUGAAUGAUUUCCGCACAACGCUACCGGAUCGUUUGCCGCAUAUUGAACAAAUAUCAAGCUCAGACAGUCCGAUUCGUCAGGAGGUUUCGCUCGUGACGGCGCAGUACCGCGAUCUGUUGAACCGUGCUAAUGCCCUGUUGGACCGUCUAGCUGGACUUGGCAACCGUCAGCGCGAUUAUCAGGAUUCGCUUGAGAAGGUGCGUAGUUGGUUGCGUGAUGUACAGCCACGCGUGAGCAAUGUUCUAUCGGAUCCGAUCGCCGCCGAUCCACAAUCCGUGCAGGAUCAGAUGAAUCAGACAAAGGCGUUGCAGAGUGAGUUCUUGUCGCAAGGACGUCUGCUCGAUAAUGUGCAACAUUGCUUAGAUGCGCUGCUGAAGUCGCUGGCCGGCCGAUUGAGCCCCUCUGAGGUAUCUGCGCUGGAGAUUCCAGUAGAAGAAGUGAAGGAUAAAUACACUCAACUGCUUGAGGCGCUUGGUGAUCGUUCGAAGCUGCUCGACACCGCUUUGGUUCAAUCGCAAGGUGUACAGGAUGCACUGGAUGGACUCGCGGUUUGGAUUAACCAGUCUGAAGAGAAAUUCAAGCUGCAAAAUCGUCCCGCAUCACUUAUCAAGGAUCGUCUGAACGAGCAAGUGCGCGAACAUCGUGGAUUGUUGAACGAUCUAGAAUCACAUCGUACGAGCCUAGAGAGUGUAACACUCUCUGCGCAAGAGUUGAUGGCUACUCCUUCCAAUACGCGUCUUGCCAAGCGCAUUGAAAGCAACCUUAGUGACGUUACCGGUCGCUUUGAGAAGCUGCUCGAUAAGGCAUUGAAGCGCGGUGAAUUCCUUGAAGAUACUCUUUCGCAGCUAUCGAAGUUCUUGAACGAUUCAUCCAACCUGGAACAAGAACUGACAGCCCUGAACGAUGCGCUGGAAGGACGGGAAUUGGUUUCGCUACCGGCCGAAGUACUUGCCCAGCGUAUGGUCGAAUUAUCACGUCUGAAGGAAGAUCUACGUCCACAGUACGAAGCUACUGUUCGUCUGGGUAAGGAUCUGAUCGCAAAGCGUGACGUGACCGAUACGGGUGUAGUACGAGAUCUAGUGAAGGUGCUGGAGAGCCUCUGGAAGACGAUGGACACAAAGCUGGAUGAGAAGUUGAAGCUGUCCAAGCAGAAGGCUGAGCAGCUGCAUGCUUACGAGAACUUGAAGGAUCAAGUGCUCGUGUGGCUUUCGAGCAUCGAAACGAGAACGAACAAUCUCGCUCCAGUGGCUGUGGAUGUGGAUGCGAUCAAAUAUCAGAUUGAGGAGGUUCGCCCUCUCGUCAAGGAGCAUCGUGAAUAUGGUGUGACAAUCGAUCGCGUAAACGAUCUUGGUGCACAGUAUGAUGCAUUGAUUCGUCCGGACAGUCCAACACGCAAGCGAUCGGUAUACAGUCCGAUUAAGCGUUCGAACGUUAGCCCGAUGCGACGACUCUCGGGAGAUGCACGCUCGCCAAGCCCAACCAAGGGAGGACCAUCGCCGCUCUCACCCGCAAGUGGAUCGAGCGGAUUUGGUAGUCGGCGAUCGUCGCAAGACGGUUUCCAGCUAACCGAUCUGACUCCGAUCCAGCAGCAGCUUACCGAAAUUAACAACCGUUACAGUUUGGUGGGAGCUCGGCUGAACGAUCGACAAAACGAGUUGGAUUCGGUGCGCGACGAGGUUCGCAAGCAUCAGGAUAAUCUGAAGACACUGGCCAGCUUCCUAGACAAAAUCCAUCGUCAGGUACCGCGUGAUGUUAUUGGAAACAAGGAGGAAGCAGAUCGUUGCAACAAGCAGGCCCGUAAAAUCCUUGAGGAAAUGUACGAGCGACAGAGUUUGCUAGAUUCGACGAAGGCUCAAGUGAAGGAUCUGUUGAAACGCAAACCGGACGUGCAGGGAGCGGAGCGUCUGCGUACCGAAUUGGAUGCCGUUGCCGAUCGCUGGAAGAAUCUGAACGAUCUGUGCAAGGAUCGUAUCACGUUCUCCGAGUAUCUACGUGACUUCCUCGAUACCCAUGACAACCUUAACACUUGGCUGGCAGCGAAGGAGCGUAUGCUGACGGUGCUGGGUCCGAUCUCUUCGGAUCCACGUAUGGUGCAGAGUCAGGUGCAGCAGGUGCAGGUAUUGCGGGAAGAAUUCCGUGGACAGCAGCCGCAGCUUAAUCAUCUGCAGGAAGUUGGUAAUGCCGUCCUGGAACAAUUGCGCGAAUCUUCGCCCGAAGGACAGGCUGUCUCAACGAAGCUUCGCAACCUACAGAAGAAGUGGGAUGAUCUAGUGGCCCGACUUGAUGAGCGAGCUCAAAGCCUUGGUGCUGCUGCGGACAGCUCGAAGGAGUUCGAUGCCGGCUUGAACCGACUGCGCGAGGCAUUGCAAACGAUAAGUGAUAACCUUGAUUCAUUGCCAACCGAUCGUGAUCACCAGGAGACGUUGCGUAAGAUUGAAAACCUCGAACGCCAGCUAGAGGGUCAGCGACCGCUGUUGGCAGAUUCGGAAGCAGCAGCUGAAACGCUUUGCCGUGUGCUGAGUGAUCCGGUGUCGCGUGCGGACGUGAACGCACGUGUUACCGCAGUCGGAAAACAGUACCAAACGUUGCAGAAGAAGCUCGAUAUGCGUAAAGCAGAGACCGAUGCUGCAUUGCGCGAUGGUCGCCAGUUUGCUGAAACUUGUGCUAAAACGUUGGGAUGGUUGUCUGGUGAGUUGGGCAAUCUGACUGAUCGCUUGCUUGUUUCGGCCCAUCGACCAACGCUUCAACAUCAGAUCGAUACGCACGAACCCGUGUAUCGUGAAGUGAUGGGCCGAGAGCAUGAAGUUAUCAUGCUACUAAACAAGGGACGUGAUCUGCAGGAUAAGCCCGGACAAACAACUGAUCGUGGUAUGCAGCGCGACUUGGAGAAGAUUGCCCAGCAGUGGGAUCGUCUUCGCUCGGCAGCUGUGGAUCGGCAUUCACGCCUGCAAACAUGCAUGGAACACUGCAAAAAGCAUGCUGCCGCAUCGGAAGCCUUCCUAUCAUGGCUACGCAGUGCCGAAGAUAAACUGGCCUUGCUGAAGCCUGGUCUGUUGAAGAAGCAGCAACUCGAUCAGCAGCUACGCGAUCUUCAGACCUUCCGCAGUGAUGUGUGGAAGCGUUCCGGAGAGUAUGAGACCUGCCGCAGCCUUGGCGAAACGUUCAUUGGUGCAUGCGAUGUCGAUAAGGAGGCGAUUAAGGCGGAACUUCAGGACAUGAAGGAUCGUUGGGAACGCUUGAACAAUGAGCUGUUGGCUCGUGCGCAGACCUUGGAAACAUGUGCCAAACGGUUGGGUGACUUCAACGAAGAGCUCCGAGAUCUGGACCAUGCAGUCGGUCGCUGUGAAGAUCGUCUUGCAGCACACGACGCUCUGGGAGGUGCAGCUAAAGAUCCGAAGCUACUGGAACGCGUUCGUGCCAUCAAGGAUGAUGCAACUGCUCUCCGCAAACCUCUGCAAUCGGUGCGCAAAUUGGCCGGUGAAAUUGCGGGCGAAGCUCGUGCCGCCGGAGGCGAUGCUGAUCACCUGAAAUCGGAAGUGGACGGUAUUUCGGAUCGUAUCGAGGAUCUUCACGCUCGGUUGGACGAUCGCUGCGGUGAGUUACAAUCCGCAGCUACAGCAGUGUCGCAGUUCAACGAUAAGGUGAAAUUGCUUGGUGUUGAUUUGAACGAUCUAGAGCAACAGGUUGAUUCGUUGCACCCACCAGCACGUGAGAUCAAAGUUGUGUUGAAUCAGCUGGACGAGGUGUCCGGUAUUAUCAACAAGAUCGACCGUGUAGCAGCCCACGUCAGCGAAGUGGAACGUGCGGGCGAGCAGUUGGUUGACUGUGGCUUUGCUCCCGACACUGCCCAAACUCGCGAUCAGAUUGGAACGCUGCGCAAGCAGCUUGGACGACUGGAUAACCGAGCCCGCGACCACGAUGACGCUCUUCAGCGCGCGUUGAAAGCUUUGGAGAAAUUCUAUGACUUGCAUCAGCAUACGCAGGAAGAUCUUGGCGAGGUAGGAGAUCAGUUGAAGAAAAUGAAGCCUGUCAGUUCGGAGCUGGAACAGAUUCGCCAUCAGCAGGAUGACUUGCGUCGGUUCCGUCAGCGCGUGGUUGAACCACUCACGGGCAAAAUAGAUGAACUGAAUCGUCUUGGACAAGACUUGAUUCGCUCUGCUCAGGGUGGCGUACCGACGACCGCGCUUGAAAAGGAUCUGGAAAAGAUCAACGAUCGCUGGAACGAUUUGAAGGAAAAGCUGAACGAACGCGAACGUCGACUGGACGUUGGUCUGCUGCAGUCGGGAAAAUUCCAAGAAGCGCUCGAUGGUCUAUCGGAGUGGCUGAAGGUUACGGAAGAGAUGGUCGCCAACCAGAAGCCUCCAUCCGCUGACUACAAGGUUGUGAAGGCACAGCUUGCUGAUCAGCCAUUCCUCAUGAAGAUGUUGUCCGAUCGACAGGAAACGAUGGCUUCCUUGUUCGAACUAGGUCAGGAAGUUGCAGCUGGAUGUGAUGCCUCUGAAAAGGCCGCCAUUGAACGGCAGCUGAAGGAGUUGAUGCGUCGUUUGGAUGAUCUUACCGAUGCUGCCCAGCGUCGUACCCACGAUCUGGAGCAGGCAAUGCACGUGGCGAAACAGUUCCAGGAUCAGCUGAUACCACUCACAAAGUGGUUAGAUGGUGCAGAACGUGCCGUGAAAGCUAUGGAGCUGGUUCCGACAGACGAGGAGAAGAUCCAGGCGCGUAUUCGUGAGCAUGAACAACUGCACGAUGAAAUUCUGUCCAAGAAGCCUGACUUCACCGAAUUGGCGGACAUUGCCGCCCAGUUGAUGGAGUUGGUGGGUGACGAUGAGGCGGUCACACUGAGCGAGAAGGUGAAAAAUACUACCGAUCGGUACACGGAUUUGGUGGUCGCUAGCGAAAACAUUGGUCACGUACUGAACGAAUCGCGACAGGGUCUGCGUCAUCUGGUGCUCACCUACCAGGAUCUGGUUUCGUGGAUGGAGAAGACCGAAAAUAAGCUGCAGCGCUUCAAAAUAAUUCCCGUUCACACUGAGAAGCUGCUCGAACAAAUGGAUGCAUUGGUGGUGCUGAACGAAGAAAUUGCCAGCCGUUCACCGAACGUUGAGUCGACGGUAGAAGCUGGCUCAGAGUUGAUGAAGCACAUUUCCUCAGAUGAAGCUUUGCAGCUGAAGGAUAAGCUCGAUUCGCUCCAGCGUCGCUACGGCGAGCUGACGACGAAGGGUGGCGAUCUGUUGAAGCAUGCUCAGGAUGCACUUCCAUUGGUUCAACAGUUCCACGAUAGUCACGCGCGAUUGGUUAGCUGGAUGCAGGCUGCUGAGUCCGCACUGGCUACGGGCGAUGCUAACGAGAACGAUAUUGCUCGCCUGGAAGCUGAACUGACCGAGAACCGCCAGCUCUUGGAGCAGGUGAACUCGAUCGGACCUCAGUUGUGUCAGAUCUCACCUGGAGAAGGUGCGUCGACCAUUGAAGGAAUCGUCACACGAGACAACCGUCGAUUCGAGGCAAUUGUCGAACAGAUUCAACGUAAGGCAGAACGUCUACAUUUGAGCAAGCAACGCUCGAAUGAGGUUACCGCUGAUAUCGACGAACUGUUGGAAUGGUUCCGUGAUAUGGAUGCCACGCUGCGUGAUGCAGAUCCUCCGGCAAUGACACCGAAGUUGGUGCGAACGCAGCUACAAGAGCACCGUUCGAUCAAUGACGAUAUCUCGAGCCAGAAGGGACGCGUGCGUGAUGUUACCGCAGCUGCCAAGAAGGUUCUGCGCGAAUCGCAGCCGAAUGACAAUACGAUUGCAUUGCGCGAGAAGCUAGAGGAUCUAAAGGAGGUGGUCGAAACGGUAGCCGCCCUAUGCUCGAACCGUCUUUCGGUGCUAGAGCAAGCGUUGCCCCUAUCUGAACACUUUGCCGACUCGCACACUGGUCUUGCUACGUGGUUGAACGACAUGGAGCAUCAAAUCUCGAUGCUAUCGAUGCCGGCAUUGCGUCCUGAUCAGAUUGCAAUUCAGCAGGACAAGAACGAGCGUUUGACGCAAUCGAUCACUGAGCACAAACCACUGUUGGAUAAGCUGAACAAAACUGGAGAAGCACUGAUGGCGCUGGUGGCCGAUGAAGAUGCGGCUAAGAUUGGUGAGAUUCUGGACUCGGAUAACGCUCGAUAUGCUGCUCUCCGCACUGAGCUACGCGAUCGUCAAAAUGCGCUCGACCAGGCACUCCAGGAAUCUAGCCAGUUCUCCGACAAACUGGAAGGAAUGUUGCGGGCACUUCAAAACACCGCUGAACAAGCAAACCAAGCCGAUCCGAUCUCUGCCCAUCCGCCCAAGAUUCACGAUCAAAUCGACGAAAACGUUGCUCUGGUUCAGGACAUCGAUAAGCGUGGAGAAGCAUUCGCUGCUGUACAACGUGCUGCGAGUGAUGUCAUCUCGAAGGCUACCAACCAAUCGGACCCUGCUGUGCGCGACAUCAAGAAGAAACUCGACAAGCUGAACGCUCUGUGGGGUGAUCUGCAGAAGACGACGUCGAAGCGUGGUGCUGCAUUGAACGAUACGCUCGCUGUAGCAGAGAAAUUCUGGAAGGAAAUGCAAGCUGUCAUGGAGACGCUGAAGGAACUGCAGGAAGCUCUGCAAACGCAGGAACCGCCAGCAGCACAACCACAGGCCAUUCAGAAGCAGCAAGUCGCGCUGCAGGAAAUAAGGCAAGAGAUCGAUCAAACCAAGCCGGAGGUCGAACAGGUGCGCCGUACUGGCAGCAAUCUCAUGUCAUUGUGCGGUGAACCAGACAAGCCCGAGGUGAAGAAACACAUCGAAGACUUGGACAACGCAUGGGACAACAUCACUGCCCUGUAUGCUAAGCGCGAGGAGAACCUCAUCGAUGCCAUGGAGAAGGCUAUGGAGUUCCACGAAACGCUGCAAAACCUGCUGAACUUCUUGGCUCGUGCUGAAGAUCGGUUCCAGAAACUUGGCCCGCUUGGUUCGGACAUUGAAGCAGUAAAGAAGCAGAUCGAGCAGUUGAAGCACUUCAAAGAUGAUGUCGAUCCGCAUAUGGUGGAAGUUGAGGCAUUGAACCGACAAGCGGUAGAGCUUACGGAGCGCACCUCUGCAGAACAGGCCGGUGCCAUUCGUGAGCCACUGAAUGCCGUCAAUCGGCGAUGGGAGAGUCUACUACGCGGUAUGGUCGAACGUCAGAAGCAGUUGGAGCAUGCCCUUCUACAUCUAGGACAGUUCCAACACGCGUUGAAUGAGUUGCUCGUUUGGAUCAACAAAACGGACGCAAACUUGGACGAGCUGAAACCAAUCCCAGGCGAUCCGCAACUGUUGGAAGUUGAGCUGGCCAAGCUGAAGGUGUUGGCAAACGACAUUCACGCCCACCAGAGCUCGGUUGAUACGCUGAACGAUGCAGGACGCAAGUUGAUCGAGAACGAUCGUGGUUCGCUGGAGGCUUCCACGACGCAAGAUAAACUACAGCAGCUGAACAAACAAUGGCGCGAUUUGCUGCAAAAGGCAGCAGACCGUCAGCACGAGCUGGAAGAAUCGUUGCGCGAAGCACAAGCAUUUACGGCCGAAAUUCAGGAUCUUCUCGGAUGGUUGGGUGAUGUUGAUGCUGUGAUUAGUGCUAGCAAACCUGUCGGUGGUUUACCCGAGACAGCGUCCGAGCAGCUGGAACGUUUCAUGGAAGUUUACAACGAGCUGGAAGAAAACCGUGCCAAGGUAGAAACGCUAAUUGCCCAAGGACAAGAGUACGUCCGCAAGCAGUCGCAGCUGCAAGUAUCAUCCAGCAAUCUGCAGCAUACGCUUCGUACACUGAAACAGCGUUGGGAUGCAGUGGUAUCACGUGCAUCAGACAAAAAGAUCAAGCUUGAAAUUGCGCUCAAAGAAGCAACCGAAUUCCAUGAUGCGCUCCAGGCGUUCGUCGAAUGGUUGACGCAGGCUGAAAAGCAGCUUUCGAGCGCAUCAGCAGUGUCGCGCGUGCUGGAAACGAUCCAGCAACAGAUGGAAGAACACAAGGUACUCCAAAAGGAUGUAUCGAUCCAUCGUGAAUCGAUGCUGCUGCUGGACAAGAAGGGUACACACUUGAAGUACUUCAGCCAGAAACAGGACGUCAUUCUGAUCAAGAAUCUACUCGUGUCCGUGCAACAUCGCUGGGAGCGUGUAGUAGCAAAGGCCGCCGAACGUACGCGUGCACUCGAUCACGGCUAUAAAGAAGCUCGCGAGUUCCACGACGCAUGGGUACAGCUUACCGGCUGGUUGAAGGAUACGGAGAAAACUCUCGAUACACUGGCCGAGGAAACGAGCAACGAUGCUGUGAAAAUCAAGAAGCAUCUUGAGAAACUGCGCGAAAUCCAGCGCAAUUUGCAGUCGAAGGAAAGCUUCUACGAUAGCACGAUGCGCAAUGGCAAGGGCCUGAUGGACCGUGCCCCGAAAUCGGACGAAACGGUGCUGUCGAAGAUGAUGAGCGAGCUGAAGGAUUCGUGGAAGCGCGUCUGUCAGAAGAGUGUUGAACGACAGCGCAAGUUCGAAGAGGCAUUGUUGCUUUCCGGACAGUUUGCCGAUGCUCUACAGGCCCUGCUCGAUUGGUUGCGCAAAACAAAGGCACGACUGGCUGAGGAUGGACCAGUGCAUGGUGAUCUCGACACAGUGACUACGCUUGUUGAGCAUCAUCGUCAGCUGGAAUCUGAUCUGGACAAACGUUCGGCUCAAAUGCAAAGUGUCAUGAAGACCGGUCUUGAGUUGGAGCGAUCAGACGAGUCACGCGAAACUAGCAAGAAUCUGAAGGAAAUGCAACGGCUUUGGGAUGAUGUACAGGAUUUGAGCAGCCGGCGUAAGAGUCGUCUGGAUGUAGCCCUGAAGGAGGCGGAACGGCUGCACAAGUCUGUACAUAUGCUGCUCGAGUGGCUAUCAGAAGCGGAACAGAAGCUUCGUUUCGCAGCUGCCGCACCGGACGAUGAGUCGCAGGCUAAGGAUCUGCUGGACAUCCACGCCAAGUUCAUGAAGGAAUUGCGCGAAAAGGAGUACGACAAGGAGGAUACGAUUGGGUUGGCCAACAGUAUUCUAGGAAAAGCUCAUCCGGACGCGAUUCCCAUCAUCAAGAACUGGAUUUCCAUCAUCCAGUCACGGUGGGAUGAAAUUUCACAAUGGGCCAUCAGUCGCCAGACCAAGCUGGAGCAGCACUUGAAGGAUUUGCAAGAUUUGGACGAAUCGAUCGAAGAGCUGCUAGCUUGGUUGGCUGGGCUGGAAGCAACGUUGCUGAAUCUCGAUGCGGAGCCACUGCCGGAUGAAAUUCCUCCGCUAGAAGUACUGAUUGCGGAUCACAAGGAAUUCAUGGAAAAUACUGCGCGUCGUCAGGGUGAGGUUGAUCGUGCCUGUAAACCACGCCAACCACCACCAGGCCUCAAGGAAACACGCAAACCGUCCCGUGGUGUACUAAAGACACCAAUUAAAGGAUCUCAGGCCGAUCUUCGUGAGCAUUCGCCCGACUACGGUACCCUAGGACGCAAGCAGAGCUUUAAGGGAUCGCGUGAUCAAGGCCUGAAUUCACGUCGCACAAGCAGCCGCGUGAGUCCUGGACGUGAAACGCAAACACCGGAACGAGAUCGGUUGCCACACUAUGGUCCACGGUUUACGCAAAGCAAUCAAGCGGAUACAGAACUCCGAUCACCGCGUGCCAAACUGCUGUGGGAGAAAUGGCGUUACGUGUGGCUGUUGGCGUGGGAACGUCAGCGCCGUCUGCACGAUCACAUGCUUUACCUACAGGAUGUGGAGCGCGUCCGUCAGUUUAGCUGGGAAGAAUGGCGUAAGCGUUUCUUGAAGUUCAUGAACCACAAGAAAUCACGGCUGACGGAUCUGUUCCGCAAGAUGGACAAGGAUAACAACGGUCUGAUACCACGCGAGGUGUUCAUCGAUGGAAUCAUUGGCACAAAGUUCGACACGUCCAAGCUGGAAAUGGGUGCUGUUGCAGAUCUGUUCGAUCGCAAUGGCGAAGGACUUAUCGAUUGGCAAGAGUUCAUUGCAGCGCUACGACCAGACUGGCAGGACCGCAAGCCGAAGACUGAGGCGGACAAGAUACACGACGAAGUCAAGCGGUUGGUCAUGUUGUGUACGUGUCGACAGAAGUUCCGUGUGUUCCAGGUUGGCGAAGGCAAAUAUCGGUUUGGUGACUCUCAGAAGCUUCGCCUGGUGCGUAUUUUGAGAAGCACAGUCAUGGUGCGUGUCGGCGGUGGAUGGGUAGCACUUGACGAAUUCUUGGUCAAGAACGAUCCUUGCAGAGUGGCCUUAGUCUUACCACUGCCGAAUCCGAACGACCCGCGCCAGCACGAAGCCUGCUGCCCACUGUCUAAGGGACGCACAAACAUCGAACUACGUGAGCAGUUCAUACUGGCCGACGGUGUGUCGCAGUCGAUGGCCGCCUUUAAGCCGCGUAUGUCUGGCUCGGCCGGUUCCGGAUCGAAUCAAACCAGCUCGCCGAUACCAACACAAGGUCCUAUUGUGAAGGUACGCGAACGUUCGGCAAAGUCGAUUUCCAUGUCGCGACCAUCGCGCUCAUCCCUAUCCGCUUCCACGCCGGAUUCGCUCAGCGAUAAUGAAAGCGGAAUUGGAACACCAGGACGUUUCCAGACGCCCAGCCGCAAAUCUUCAGUGCCAGUUAGUAGAUCUCAGAUGACACCGGGCGGAUCGAGGGCCAAUUCUCGGCCCAGCUCACGACCGGCCAGUCGUGCUGGAUCGAAACCUCCGUCCCGGCACGGAUCUACACUGUCGCUAGACAGUACGGACGAUGCAACGCCGUCCCGCAUUCCUACCCGUCGGCUCACGCAAACGUCGACCCCGAGGCCAUCACGUCUGUCGGUCGGAUCGGUUUCCGGUCGAACGGGAACCACAACCACCACCACCACAAACGGGGUCUCAUCGCGGACGGCUUCCGGAGCCGCAUCGCCCGCCCCGACGAGAAACGGUGGCAUGAGUCGAUCAUCCAGUAUACCAACACUAAUAGGACUACCAAAUAGCAGCCAACCUCGCUCACGGAUUCCCGUCCGUCAAACUUCCAAUGUAUCGAACUCUUCAUCAGCGACGGGAAAAACUAGCGGUGCAUCGACGCCUUCCGGUAUGCAAACACCACGCCGCACCUCGGUAGAACCAGGCACACCCGGCAGCACAAUCCCGGCCCGGCCAGAAAGUCGCAAUUCGCGUGGCGCAACGCCAAGCGAAAAGCGGGCACCGUUCCGGCUGUAA